ACACACACACACACACAUACACGCAGACACUCAUCUCCUCUCGUUGUGCCGCUUUUAUUCACGGCUGCGCGCGGCAGGCAGGCAGACAGACAGGCACGAGCUCGCGCCGCCAUAGUUCUUUAUUUUUCUCGCGUUUCCGGUUCGCUUAACGCGUUUUUUCCUUCUUUUUUUCUUUCUUUUCUUUUUCUUCUUAUUGUCGAAUCUGUGUCUCAGAGCGGGAGCAUGGCGCUUCUGUCCUGAGCUUUUCUCCUUCAUCUGUCCAUCAUGAGCCGCUAACAGGAGACUGGACUUCUCUCUCUCUCUCUCUCUCUCUCUCUCACACACACACACACACACCCGGAUCUCGGUAGAGUGCAGUGGAAUAAUCGCAGGAUGCUAACGCAUUAGUCUCGGAGGAGUGUGUUGUCGAAAAAGGACGGACCCCAUCGCCUCCUAACGUCUCUGCCACAGCGCCAAACCCAGCGAGCGACUAUGUCGAACAUAAACAGUGCGCUCUGCAUCGAGAGCGGCGCUAAUGCGGACGUGUCUCUGUUACAAAAGGACGCCCUUCAGGAAGCCGGAUUAAACCAGCUGUUGGAUUACAACGCAGAAAUCGAACGUUACCGCUCUUUCGCAAACUUUUACAAAACCAACGGGGCGUUUCCGCAGAGUGCCAAGAUUGCCCGCAUCACCACGCCCAUCUUCCCCAGCGCACGGAUCGGGGUUUCGCCGUGGAACUGUGACAAUGCCGUGCUCUGGGGACGCAAGUCAACGCCAAUCCACCCGAACAGAACCAGGAGUGACUCGUCUCAGCGACCUGGGAAACCUGAGACUCUGCAGAUGGCGAAUGGUAACUUCCUGUCCACAUUAUCGCCGGAGCACUGCAGGCCGUUAGCAGGGGACUGCGUCAACAAGCUGAAGUGUGGCGCCGCCACUGAAGCGGAGAUAAUAAACCCUGCAUUCUCCGCCCUCCCGGCUCUGGGGGGCAUUUCUUUACCUCCCGGGGUCAUCGUCAUGACGGCGCUGCACUCUCCUGCCUCCGCGUCCGCCGUCACAGACAGCGCCUUUCAGAUUGCCAACCUGGCAGACUGCCAGCAGCAUAACAAUAAUCACAGUAAUCACAUUUCCUCUCCUGCGUCCGGAGGAAAUGCUGCCAAGAAAAAGAGGAAGCGCUGUGGAGUGUGCGCCCCCUGCAGGCGGCUCAUUAACUGCGGUGUCUGUAGCAGCUGCCGGAACCGCAAGACCGGACACCAGAUCUGCAAAUUCCGCAAAUGUGAGGAGCUGAAGAAGAAACCGGGCUCGUCACUCGAGAGGACACCGGUGAACAGCGGAGAGGCGUUUCGAUGGUUCUUCUAGUCCCAAAGAAACAGUGUCAUGCCACAUUAUACAAUAACAGACUCAAAAAAUGGAUUUAGAAGAAACUCCAGAAACUGGAACUGAAACCAAACCUCGACUGGAGGAACGACAGAAACCAGAGAAACAAGAGACAGACUGAAGGAAGAGAGAGAGAGAGAGAGAGAGAGAGAGAGGGUGGACGAGAAAAGGUUUAACUGUGUAAUUUGUUUAUUUCUUGUGUAAUUAUCAACAUUUUCAGUGUCUCUGAGUGUUCGGUAUCGUAGCUGAUCAAGCUACUGAUGCUAAUUUAUAGACAAUCAGCAGAUGGAUUAAACCAUUUAAAUGGAAUAUACCAUUAACCUGGAAUAUACCAUUCACAUGGAGGAUGGUGUGAUCAUGCUGAAUGUCUUGCAGCUGUGAGUCGAGGUGACUGAAGGACAUGCAACAACAGGAGGUCAACUAUGAAGCUGGAAUAAACCAUUCCUGAGGAGACUGGGGCUGGAGCGCACACAUGGUGGGGGUCAGAUACAAUCUGUCUGUCUGUUCAUCUGUCUAUCUGUCCAUCUCUUUAUCCAUGUAGCUAAAAAAUCCAUUUCAGAAGAAAAGGAUCUGUCUCUCUCUCUCUCUUUCUCUCAGACUCUCUCUCUCUCUCUCUCUCUCUCUCUCAUUCUCUCUCUCAGACAUUCUCUUUCUCUCUCUGUCUCUCUCUCUCUCUCUCUUUGUAUGUAUGUAGACCAAACCAUUUCUCAAGAGGAUUUUGGGAUAUUCUGCCUAUCCAUCAGUCCAUUUAUUUAACUGUCUCUCUGUCCAUCUCUCAGUGUGCACAUCCAUCCAUCUAUCCUUCUAUCUAUCCAUCUAUGAUUGGAACAAACCAUUUCUGAUCAGGCAGGGGUUGAUCAUUCAUGAUCUACUUCCAGCGUCUCAUGAUGUGACCUUAUCGAAUGACAGUAAUGACAUCAUAGAUGUGACAUCACAAACAGAUAUGAUCAGUCGCCUCGACAAACUGCUGCCAGAUGAUACGGAGGGAGGAAAUGCGAUAGUACGCCAGACCUGCAGCAAUAAUCGGAAAACGAAAUUCUUCAGAGUUUCAGUUCAUUUCAGGCGCCGGGACGAGAGACACAGCCAGUCAGUUCUGUACUUUUCCUUUAAUUCCCGCUGUUCAGACGUUAUGCAGGGCAUAUUGUCUUGCUAACAACGUGUUGUAAUUUUUAAUUUGUGAUGUGAAACGUCUUGAUUUAUGGAAAAACACUGGAUCCUCAAUUGUUUUGGAUGAAAUUAUUUAAUAACCAUGUGCUGUUACAGAAGUACAGAAAGGCUGUGCAUUUAUGAUUUAUUCCUCUGUCCAGAGAUCUUCACUACAGCAUCAGUUAACAGCUAAAGAGGCAUCAUUCUGGGCUGAAGUCACCAAAAUGGGUUACAAAAUUAAAUAAAAAUAAAAUUAAUAGUAUUUAAUGACUUUGCAAACUGUUUGAUACAAGUUAUGAUCGGAGCAUUUUAGCUAAACUUUUAACUAAACAUCUAGCUCAUUUAUAGCUUGACAGAACAAGGUACUGAAUAUAGUUAGCUAGCUAGUGUUACACUGGAGUGCAGACCUAAUCACCUAGCUAGCUUUCCAACACUGUAUACUAAAUAAACAGAAGAAUAAAUAGAAGAAAACUUUAUAAUGACAUACAGCCUCUCUGGACUUCUGUACGUUUGAGGCACAAGGAAAUAAAUUAAAGGUAAAUUUUUAAAGUACUAAAAUUAGCAAAGAUCUGCUAGCUCUCUGCACCAGGUGAGCUGAAGUGAGAAAAAUAAUACGGAAUAACUCUAGAGCUUAAAAUUCCUCCCAGUAACUCUGCCAGAUCAGUUAAUUAUAGCUAGCUGGCUAAUGUUAGCAUUUAAUAUUAUCAACAUGAUUUAAAGAUUCCUGAAAGAAACUGUUUGUUUGUUAACUGGCUAAAGUUGGCAGUUAAAUGGUGAAUAUUUAUGAAGGAUUUAAAAGGUUUGCUAACUGAUCUUCAGCUCGUCUGGUGUAACAGAUCAGAUCUGCGUUCACGUGAAACUAAAAUGAUGGUGUUCAAAACGUGAAUGAUGUAACUUGCUAGCGCUGUUGCUAGCUCUAAUGCCCUGCUGUUGCAUGUGUAUCUGUGUUUUGGGUUUAAAGAUACUGAGAGUUUGUAUAUCGUUGUUGUGAUGCUUUUAUGUGUUCAAACGAAAGGGAAAAAAAGACCAAAAAAAGUUGGAAAAAAAUAAUUUGAUGUAAUUUUUAUUCUCACAUGUAAAA